GCCUGGGAGGGCCCUCCGAGCCUCCUCUGAGCGGCCGUAUGCCGGGAGGCCUUGCCCGGCCCGACCUUGGGCGCUUCAGGGGGUUUGUUAGUGGGAUACAGGAGAAAAAAUUCAUUUUGCUGCGCCUUUUUAACCUCGCGUUGUGCUGUGCUGCCUUCAGAUGAAUGAGGGAGAUGCUGUGGUGGCACGUAGUUAAUGUAAAGGGAUCAAACGUAAUCUGUGCUUCCCUUAACUGUAUGUCUGGAGGGAAGAAUCUCUUUAACAAGAUUUCUUACAAGUAAUAGUUCCUCAUCAUGGAUGAGCUGUCACCUGAAGAAAUUCAGUUGAGGGCCAACCAGGUUACUGAUGAGUCUUUGGAAAGCACAAGACGGAUUCUUGGCUUGGCCAUUGAGUCCCAGGAUGUUGGCAUCAAAACUAUCACCAUGCUGGAUGAACAGGGAGAACAAUUAAAUCGCAUAGAAGAAGGCAUGGACCAGAUAAAUAAGGACAUGAGAGAAGCUGAGAAGACGUUGACAGAGCUCAACAAGUGUUGUGGGCUCUGUGUCUGUCCUUGUAACAGGACAAAGAACUUUGAAGCAAGCAAGGCAUACAGAGCAACCUGGGGAGAUGGAACAGAGAACUCGGCAGAUCAUGUGAUAUCCAUGCAACCAACUAGUAUAAAUCGGCAGCAGCCUCAGACUUCUGGAGUACCAAGUGGUGGAUAUAUUACAAGAAUAACAAAUGAUGCCAGAGAAGAUGAAAUGGAUGAAAAUCUUGCUCAAGUGGGAAACAUUCUUGGAAAUUUGAAAAACAUGGCUUUGGAUAUGGGCAAUGAAAUUGAUGCCCAGAAUAAACAAAUAGACCGGAUAAAUGUAAAGGCUGAUACAAACAGGGAACGCAUUGAGCAAGCCAACAUCAGAGCCAAGAAACUAAUUGACAAUUAAAGCCUGCCGUCACUGUUCAGUGAUGCUGUCUCUCCAGCUGCAAGCCACCAUAUUCAUGGAUCUGUGAAACUUCUCCUAUCUGAAAUAAGAGGGACUGGGAAAAAUGAAGCAGCACCCUUUCUAUAGGGAUUAAUUUUCUCUUUUUAUUGCUUCAUGUACACUUGGCCGGCCUUGACUCCAAGAAAGCAGCCAACAUAACUUCCUCCUGCUCAUCUACCAUCAUUGUCUUGAAACUGCUCAGGGCUAAAAGUGUUAUGGCUUUGAGACUCUUCUUGCAUGUUUUAUUCCCCCUCAGUCUCUUUUCCUACACCCAAAAUAGUCUUUUACUGAAGCUGAAGAAGCAGGGUAACCUGAAUUCAUGGUUGUGUAGAGUUGGAGAGGGCACUUUGCACUGUUUGAAAUACCUCAUAAGUUGAGUGUCUUCACUAAAACAGGGACUUGGUGAGUAUUGUCAGACUUGUAUCUUUAGCAGACUAACCAUAGUUUCACAGUCCAAGCCACAUGAUUGGUUUUUGGUUGCAUUUAUGGAUUACAGAGUUUAAGAGGCUUACUGCUUGUGGGUUGAGGGCUUUAAAACACUUCCUAACCACACAGACUUUAAUGUAAGUUUAACUGAAGGGAUGUACAGGUUUUCACUUCUUUAUUGUAAAUUGACAUCAGUUUGAAGGCCAGGACUAGGAAAUCAUGCUGAAUCAUUUUGAUAAUAUUGUGUAUAUGUACCUGAUCUAAACCCCAUGCACAUGUGAGUAGAAGAAAAGAACACUGUAUGUAUUUGACAGAAAAUGUUAUGCCCCUCAUCUGAAAGUGAACUUUUUGGUGUUUUAACAAUUCAUCUUAACUGGGAGAAACUGAGCAGAGAAACAUGCGGCUUUCUCGCAUCGUGUAUCAGAUUCUGUUUUGGCCAGCUUUACUGGAGUUCAGUUUAUGCCUUUCUGCAAUGCAAGAUAGUGACUGAUACGUUGUGCGGACUUUGCUCUUGGCAUUAACUUUGAGGGAGCUUCUUAUGAAACUUUUGUCAGAAGUCUGGAGGAAGCAGUAGCUAUUUAAGAACUGUAUGCUAGUUAUAGCAUAAUAGAUUCCUGCCAGGUUUAUUAUUGCAGACUUUGGGACUGGCAGUUGGAAAUACAUGUCCAAGUUGCCUGCAACUAAAAUAUUCCUGUUCUGUUGCAAAAUAGAGGAAUUUUUGAGCAGGUGAGGUAAAGCUCUCUUGCUGUGAAGAAAAACAUUUUGGUUUUACUGUAAUAGAAUCGGAUUUAUUCCCAGGAUUUUUUUUUUUUUUGGCAAGUGCAAUUUUCCUGUAUGACUUUAAAUCACCCAGCCUACUUCAAAGGUGAAAAUGAUACUUUGGACUAACCUGUGAUUACUCAGUGUUGAGUGGCAAAGAUGUUCAAACCAAAUUGAUUGGAGGGAUAAUCAAAACUAAUAGCUUUAUGGAGUGUUUUGUUUGGAAGGACAGUCCACAAGUAUUCUGUAGCCAGUAAUACUGAAUCCCAGGGCUAGAGAGAUGACACUAAUCUGCUGAAAUGUAAGUGUUGAGUGUUUUGUUUUCUUUUCUUUUUAGAAGAAAUAAUAUCAGUAUUACAGGUAUAUUCUCAGUUUACUCCCAGGACAACAGUGAUAUUCACAGAAAAUUAAAAAAUACUACAUCCACAAACCUGACCAAAGGAUGGAGCUGCUGCAUGUAACAAGGCCAGUGUACUGUCUUAUGUGAAUAAGGUGUCAUUUUUAGGGGACUGUAUGCUUCAGUAGUGUGUGUUGGCUUCUGUCUGGCUUCCAGUAAUUGUUGUAAAACUAAUGAAUCUUAUGUUCAUUAUUUUCCCCAUCAGUAAGUGGAGAUUUUGCCUAAAACCACAAAUAGCAAAGCAGUAAUAUUGCAUAGUAAACUUAUAACAACUAUCUGCAUGGGAAAGCAUAGGGGAUUUCUAUGCUUUUUUUUUUUUUUCCUUAAAGAUGUCAGGUUAACUGUAGGAGUAUUUUGCUGCUGGUUGUGAAACCAAGGUAUACGUUAUUUAAUUAUGAAUGCCUCCUGGAACAGAAGACUAAAGUGGUUACCUUAUUCUGCUUAAAACAGUGCAAACUUGCUCUGGAGCACCUGGACAUUCCAAACAUUGGAAUGUUUUUCUUUGUUACAAGUCCAUGAUCUUGACUUCCCUGAGCUCUAACAACAAAUUAGUAUGUUGGCUGAGAGAAUGCUGUGAUUGGGUCAUCAGUAUUGGGGUCUUGCAAUGAAUGCCACACAAGGAAACAAUUUGAAACUCUCAGAUUGGCUGUUGGUGGAAUAUCAAUACUAUUUUCUCAUGCAGCAAAAGCUAAAACUGUGAGGGAGUUGGUGCCUUUGUAAGUCAUUAGCAGUCUGCUUCUUGGAUUUUCUUACUGUUGUCUAUAAUCUAUAGAUGCUUAAUUUCCAUAUCUAUGGGAUGGAAUUGACACUUGUACGUCUUUGUAUUUCUGAAUGCUAUUAAGAAUGAAGGUUUACAGUUUCUGCUUUUGAUUGUUAAACUAUAUAUUGUGCACAAAAAAUACAUACUUUUGUAACUGAA